AUGAUGCCACGGGCAGGGCUGCUGGGGGUCUGGUUGGCGCUGGCCCUGUGGCCGCUGCUGAAGGCCGCAGCUGUGCGGUUGCCCACCUUACCAAGCAUCACGAAUAAGAAGUUCAUCAAUAGCUGUGUACAUGUCCACAAUGACCUCCGCAGCAAUGUCCAGCCGACUGCCAGCAACAUGCGGUACAUGACUUGGGAUGCAGCUUUGGCAAGGAUGGCAAGUGCAAGAGCAAAUAAAUGCAUUCUUGAACAUAACGUGUCCUUAAGUAAAGACGAUCAGCACCAUCCUAAUUUCACAUCUGUUGGAGAGAAUAUUUGGUUUGGAAGUCAUGAGACCUUUGUUGUUGCUGAUGCCAUUAAGUCAUGGUACAAUGAGGUCGAAUUCUAUAAUUUCACAGCAGAGGAAUGUACUAAGGUUUGCAGUCAUUACAUUCAGGUUGUUUGGGACGAGUCAUAUAAAAUUGGCUGUGCUGUUACUUCUUGUAAGGAAUUUGCAAGAAUAAGAAAUGCAGCAGUUCUUGUUUGCUGCUAUUCACCAUGUGGUAAUUUCUCAAGAAGACCAUACAUAGAAGGAACACCAUGCAGUAAUUGCACAGAAGGGGACACCUGUGAAAAAAACCUCUGUAGAAAUCCAGUCCGUGAUAAAGCUAUCUAUUAUUCCAAAUGGCAGCACUCUUGGGAAUUCAGAGCUGUAUGCAAUGAGGCUUGUAUCACUCUUAUAUUUUUGAGAGCAUCACUGUUGUUUCUUACUUUUGUAGCUGGUUGUUUUAUCCAAAAACAUUUUACAGACUUUCAUAUGACUACCUAA